AUGGCCGAGGUCAAGGCAGUGUUUGCCAAAAUCGGGCACAUCAUCUCUGCUCAAUUGAUUUUGAUAGCCUUUGGUCUCGCUUGCCUCUUGGCUUAUUUUUUCCCACAUGUCGGUGUCCAUGGAGGAACGAUCAAGGCUGAGUACAGCAUUCUCUUCGGUGCUGUGGGCUUCAUUUUUUUGGUCUCUGGUCUUCAGCUGCCUUACGAAAAGCUUCGGACGCACUCGACCAACUGGAGGCUCCAUAUUAUUACACAGGGAAUCUCUUUUCUCAUAAUCCCUCUCAUAACUCUUGCCAUUAUCCAUAUUAUGAUUGCCGCAGGGAAUCUGCAGACAAACGCCAUCGACAUAUCUGUAUUGGUUGGCAUGAUAGUCCUGUCUUGUAUACCCACUACUAUAGCCAGCAAUGUCGUUUUUACCCGAAACGCCGGAGGCGAGGACGCUGCCGCUAUUGUCGAGGUCGUCAUUGGCAACGUCUUCGGGGCCUUUAUUUCUCCUGCUUUGGUCUACGCCUUCAUGCCCAAGCUGCCCGAGUUUGACGAAUGGCAACCAGCAUCACCAAGCACCUUAUCUGCCAUGUACCAGAAAGUUGCUCAGCAGCUGGGCCUGUCAGUCUUGAUCCCACUCGCGGUCGGCCAAAUAUUACGUUUCUUCUUCCCAAAGCCCGUGAAGUGGGCUCUGGAGAAGCUAUAUCUCGGAAAGAUAUCAACCAUCUGUCUUGCUCUUCUCGUUUGGACAACGUUCUGCGGAGCCUUUGCAACGGGCGCCCUCUACGUGACCCCGAAAGCCUCGCUCAUCUUUAACAUCUUCAUGAACAUCGGACUAUAUCUCUUGUUUACCUUGAUCUGCUUUUUUUCUGCAAGACCGCCCCUGGGGCUAGUGACGUGGGCUCAAGGCGCCUUCGAGAAGAAACCACUUUGCAAGCUCCCGGCGCUCCUGAAGCGUGUCGUUGUACCGAAACGCAUGUCCAAGGAGCAGACGAUUGCCGUGUGUUUCUGCGGCGCCGCCAAGACGACCAGCCUCGGUAUCCCUCUCGUCACCGCCAUGUGGAGUCAGUCGGACAACCUCCGCAGGGCCUUUGUUCAGAUCCCGGUCUUGCUCUACACGAUCGAGCAGGUCUUUAUUGCCCAGCUUCUGGUGUACUUUUUCAAGCGCUACAUGAAGAGAGGCCAGAAGGACUCCGGGACGGAUGAGGAUACCGUGGCGGACCCUGUGGCGGACUCGUUGGAAGACGCGAGUGAGCCGUCCGUUCCCGCGGAUGCUUCAGAGAAACAGGGCACAGAGCCAAGUCUUGUCGAUGCUCGAAAGGAGAGUCAGAUGGAAACGGCAGGUACAGCUGCGAAAUAA